AUCUAGUCACGACCACGACCAUCGACACGAAUAUUCAUCAUGAGUGAUAACGCAGAGUACAAGGAGGCUUUCGCUCUUUUCGACAAGAAAGGGACCGGGGCAGUUCCGAGAGAGACUCUUGGGGACUUGUUAAGAGCGUUAGGUCAGAACCCAACACAAGCGGAGGUUGCUGAACUCGUCUCUGCUGCUCCUCGAGAUGUGGACUACAAGACCUUUUUGGCGGUUCUCAACCGUCCGGAUGGGUUUAAGCCGGCGGGCACCCCAGAGGAAUUUAUUCGUGGUUUUCAAGUGUUUGAUAAGGAGGGAAACGGUUUUAUCGGGGCUGGAGAGUUGAGAUAUGUGUUAACGCAGCUGGGUGAGAAGAUGAGCGAUGAAGAGGUGGAUGAACUGCUGAAAGGCGUUCAGAUUGGAGCCGACGGAAACGUCAACUACGAGUCAUUUGUACGCACAAUCCUCAGUCAGUAGUUCCCUUUCGCAAUCGCUGUCGAAGAAAACGGUAUACAUUAUCCGAAUCUCGCACCGACGAAAUGGAAAGACAAUGUGUAGUAAACCAACGCCCCUUUCAAUGAAAACUAAAUAGAUAAAAACA